AAGGAACCAAGUUUGCUGGUGGUAUGAGGGCUUGGGACAAGAGCCUCAAGACAGAUGGGCGCAAGAAGUUUUGACUCAGUGAGCGGCGAUGAGCUGGCACUGGCUGUCUGAGAGAUUGAUGGAAGCGGAGGUGGUUAAUGAUUCUAAAAGGAAGCUGAGUAGGUGCCUGAUUGAAAUCAAAAUGCUAGGGCCACAGUCAAACAGCGAGGGAAUCACAAAAUCACACGUCAGCAUCUGAGUCCAUCUCGUGAUAGGGAAAUGCGUUGUCCAGCCUUUGCACAGGGAGGAGGGAAAGUAAACCGCGGAUAAAAUGGCUGCCUCGCAGAAACCGCUGCGGCCCAAGGGCCUUCCCUUCCUGCUCGUUCAUCUCUUCUGCUGUGGACUGGUGCUUCAGAAAGUGGCGAGUGAUGGAGCUUCCCAGUUUGAUGUGUAUGAUGACCACUCACAUGACCAUCACGGACACAGUCAUGACCAUCACGGUCACGCUCACGACCAUCACGGGCACGGGCACGCCCAUGACCACCACGGGCACGCCCACGACCACCACGACCAUCACGGGCAUGCUCACGACCAUCACGGGCACGGGCAUGCUCACGACCAUCACGGGCACGGGCAUGCCCAUGACCAUCACGGGCACGCCCACGACCACCACGACCAUCACGGGCACGCCCACGACCACCACGGGCACGCCCACGACCACCACAGUCAUCACGGCCACUCCCACGAUUAUUAUGACCAAUCGCACGGCCAUGUGGAUGACCUCACUGGCCACUCCUAUCCGCAUGAUCAUCCGGCACACUCCCAACAGCAGGAGCACGAAGGAAAGAGUCGCUGGACGCGUGUUGCAGCGUCAAAGGUGCCAGAACUCGGGACUGAGGCAUCGUCUAACCCGUUUCAACUGUGGUCGCAGGCUAUUGGAGCGACCGUAUUGAUCAGUGCCGCACCUUUCCUCAUCCUGUUCUUCAUCCCUGUCGAGUCGAACACCUCCAAACACAAGAGCCUCCUCAAGGUCCUGCUGAGCUUCGCAUCGGGCGGACUCCUCGGAGAUGCCUUCCUCCAUCUCAUCCCCCAUGCGCUCGAUCCACAUUCUCACAAUGAGGCUUCUGAUCCAUCUCACAGACCCUUAGAGAAUCUGAAUCUCGACCAUGGGCACUCACAUCGAGGUGACGGUGACGGCCACGGCCACGAUCACUCCCACGUGAUGUCUGUCGGCCUCUGGGUCCUCGGUGGAAUCAUCGCCUUCCUCGUGGUGGAGAAGUUUGUGCGUCACGUGAAAGGGGGUCACGGUCACGGUCACGGUCAUUCUCACGCUGCUGCUCCGAAGGUAAAGGAGAGCUCCGAGGAGGAGGAGAAGGACAACAACAAACAUGGUGAACCGAGGGCGGGCAGCAGGCGCCGGAAACCUGAAAACCCCCGCGCCAAGAACGAAGCUGCCAAGGCACCGGGACAGGUCUCGGAUAUCAAAGUGUCGGGAUACCUGAACCUGGCGGCUGACUUCACCCACAACUUCACCGACGGCCUGGCGAUUGGCGCCUCAUUCCUGGUCAGCACCAACGUGGGCAUCAUCACCACCAUCACCAUCCUGCUCCACGAAAUACCGCACGAGAUCGGAGACUUUGCCAUCCUGGUGCAGUCCGGCUGCAGCAAGCACAAAGCCAUGAUGCUGCAGCUGAUCACCGCCGUGGGUGCCCUGGCCGGCACCGCCUGCUCUCUGAUGGCGGAGGGGAUCGGCGAGGCUGCCACCGCCUGGAUCCUGCCGUUCACCGCCGGGGGCUUCGUCUACAUCGCCACCGUCUCAGUGAUUCCGGAGCUGCUGGACGACUCGAAGCCACUGCAGUCACUGCUGGAGAUCGUCGCUCUGCUGGUCGGGGUCCUCAUGAUGGUCCUGAUCGCCGAGUAUGAGUAGGACGGUGGGGGCGCUGGGUCAGGGGCAUUUGGAUGAGUGGGGUACACACACACACACACACACACACACACACACAGAGAGAAAGGGAAUCUGUGAGGGACACUAGGCAGAAGGUGAUACAUAACUAAUAGGAACCACUAGGAUGGAGGGCUGCAGCAAGUCACGCAGCCCCCCCCCCCCCCUCAGCUCCUGCAAACUGGGACUCCUCCUGGUGGAGUUCAUGCUCAGGAGUGGCAAUGUUUCUCGGCUGAUAAUCAGUUUUAUAUAUAAAUAUUAUAUAUAUAUAUUUUUUAAAGAAAUUGUCAUUGUGCCGGUCUGGGUGAGAGUCCAGAUCCUUCCAACCAGAUGUUGCUGUUUCAGUGAAUACGUUCGCUGGGACAAGGAGGGGGGAACGGGGGAUUGGAGGGGGGAGGCCUGGAUGGUGUUAACCAACCCUGUCCAGCCUCCCUCAUUUUCUCUUUUUUUCUUCUUGCACACGUUGCCUGGAAAAUCCGUCGUGGGGUCCAAAGCACUACGUGGCUUGGACCCCCACAGCACCCCAAAAAACACUUGUAGUGAACUCGAGUACUGGAAGCGGACUCCAGGUACGGGGAGUGUUGGGUUGGGAAGGCAAGGGUGCGGGGGCAGGAGAGGUCGCUGUAAGACUCUGGCUACAUUCACGUCCCCCUCCCCAAGGAUGGCUCCAGCAAAGGGAAACCCUGAUGUGUAUCCCCCACCCCCCAAACACCCCGUCCAAUUCUUACUGGCAAUUGUGCAUUUCACACCAAAGUCGUCUCAUUUCUAGAGAAUGGGAGGUGGUGGAGAAAACUGACAAACAGGUGGAAAUUUAACCCAGCGCACCACAGGCAAGUGAGCAGAGAGUUGGGUUAAAAUUGCUCCGUGUGUAUAUACAUAUGUGUAACUUUCUUUUUGUAAAAGUAUAGUUUUUCAUUUUUAUUUUUAAGUGCUGUAAUCUGACUCCGUGUAGGAGCUGCAUUGGAAGAGAAUCAUGGCUACAAUUAGUUGGGUUUACCUGUCGUCAUUUCCUUUUGCCGCACAAGUCCUGUAUCAACGGCUCUAAAAUGAUUAAUAAAAAAAUAAAACUCGAUCCUUUUCAA